CCGGUGAUGCGUAUUUUGCGUGACAUUGAAAGUGAGAUUACAAAGAAGGAGGAAGACAAAUGCCGCAAAUCUUUUGACUUACUCUACUGUGCAAGCAAACACAGAUGCGACCCGCUUAAGUUUCACAAUCUAUGUGACUCAAAAGGUCCAACGGUCACUAUACUUAUCGGGACUCAAAAUAUGUUGUUUGGCGGUUACACAAGUCAGUCCUGGACUUCUGAGAAAGGCUCAUUUAAAAGCGAUAAAGAUGCAUUUCUUUUUUAUAAAGAAGACAAUGAAAGAAAUAAAAUAAAAAUAUUUGAAAUAAGACCAGACUGUCAUGAAUGGGCAAUAUACUGCCAUCGAAACAAUGGUCCAACUUUCGGUGGAGGCCGUUUCGCAAAUCAUGAUUUACUUACGUUUAAAGCAACUUGGUAUGGGGAAAUAAAAUUAGAGAAUAAUGUUUUUCAAUUAAAUGGUAAAACAAACAUUGGAAGCGUAUACGAAGACAAAGCAGGCGAUGUCGAUCCCAAAGCAAUCAACGGAGGACUGAUGACUGUGUCUGACGUCUACGUGUACCAAGUUCAAGACGAGCCUGACAAAAUGACAGAUCAAUUGAAAGUCGACAUAGAGCAGCAUGACAUUCGCCUAAAAGCAAAAAAGGAAGACCUGCUAAAACUGAAUGAAUUACUCCAUCAUGAUUACAACACAGAUCAUAUAAACAUCUUACUCCUUGGGGAAGUGCGUUCUGGAAAAUCAAGUUUCUUCAAUACCUUAGCAACAGUGCUACGCGAAGAAGUGACAAGUACAGCGUUGACUGGCCCAGAAAAGACAAGUGUGACGACUAGGCUACAUCGUUAUGAAUUAAAGACGAAAUCUGGACAUGCCAUGCCAAUCCAGGUCAUAGAUAUCCGAGGGUUCACUGCAAACAGUGGAUAUGAACAUGAAAUCGAUCAAAUACUGAAUGGGAAUGUAAAACCAGGCUAUGAAUUUGGCAAAAAAUCUAAGCCAAUAGGCAAGGAGUUUACAUUAGCAGGAGGGCCGUACAAAAUACAUGUGGUAUGUUUUGUUGUUGACGUAACACAAGUUGAAAGUCAACAACAUUCAGCAAUGGUUAAGAAGAUUCGAGAAAUGAAGGAAACAAUUCGGAAAAGAGAUCUACCUAUCAUUGGUAUUGCUACAAAAUUCGAUGUCCUUUGUCCCAAAAUCCAUGAAAACGUUGAGAAUGUUCAAAGAAGCGCAAAAGCUCUGGAUGCGGUGAAGAGUACAGCAGAAUAUCUAGAAAUUCAAGAAAACUGUGUGUUUCCCGUUGUAAACUACACAGAUGAUACAGAUAUCGACAAAGCAAAGGACAUCCUGCUGUUGGAUGCGCUGGACUGUAUUGAGAAACGCGCAAUGGAUUAUCUCCAGCAAGUUUUAGAAUGGAAAACGUUACCAUCAGUUUGGACCAGUCGUAUUGAUACACUCGAAACAGUGUCGAAAAAUAAAGAAGAGCUGCUUAGCAAAAUGGGGAAUGUUGAAGAGGCUGUUCGUAUCUUAUGUGUUGGUAGACCAAACACUGGCAAGUCGAGUUUUAUUGAUUCCGUUAUGUCUGCCCUGUUGGGUGAGAUCUCUUGUCGGGCAACAGGAGGGUCAACGCAGUCAGCGAAAGGACAACGUAAUGGCAUCCCAGAUACGAAAAAGUAUUAUCCGUACCAGCUGAAAAUUCCUGAAAAUAUGAUAGAAAGGACACAUGUGUACCUAUGCGAUAUGCCUGGAAUGCACGAGAAAAAUGGUGUACAGAUAGAUCAAAUAAUGAGUGUCAUCAACGGACAUGUCCCGAGUCGUCAUAGCAUCCUCUCUGGGAUUACCGACGAGAACUCGCUUUACGUCCAGAAACCCCAAACCAAGGAUAGAAUCCAUUGCGUUUGUUUUUUCUUUGAUGCAUCAGACCACAAGGGCAAUGACGUGCCAGAAUGGGAAAUGAAUUGCAUUCAGGAAUUGAAGAGUUUGUUACAUCAAAACGAUAUACCAUUCAUUGCUGUGGUUACAAAGAUCGAUUUACUUAGCACAGAACUAAGAGCAGGCUGUCAGAACCCAUACAGUAACCAGCGACUGACGGAAUGCAUGGUGAAUAUUGGAGAAAGGUUUGGAGUCAGGAGGAAACAUGUAUACCCGGUCAGAAAUUACGUUCAUGAAGAUGCUGUAGAACCAGCUACAGAUGCCCUUCUUCUUGCUGUUUUCAAAGAAGUACUGAAACUGGCAACUGAAACCAAAACACAGCUUGACAAAGACGGCACUGUACUUGAAUAAAGAAUAUAUCAGUGAAGGAAAAACAUAAACUUUCUGAAGGUACAAUUGAAGGACGUCUCAUCUUUGAUAAGGUUAAAAGUACAGGACUGAGGUCAAGGUCACUGAUACUAAACAUAUUUCAGAACAUUACUCCACAUGUUCUAUUUUCAACCAUACAAUAAAAUACACGAUUGUCUCACUAAACUGGGAUGCAUUUUACUAUAUGUGUGUGAUGUAAGGAUACUCUGUGGUCAUUUAAAUGAAAGACAGAUACAAUUCAAUGCAAAAAUGUUGAUUUCUUUUACUUUUUGCUUAGUUAUGUACUGUAAUAUAUGUCAUAUAAAAUUCUGUUGACAUUGAAGCUUACUUGUCUUAAAAUGCUGAUCAGGAAUCAUUAAUAGUUUUUUUGGAUAUGGUCCUUGUAAAGAAAACCAUACUUAAGUUUAAGUACAUUGUUUGAAUGUUUCACACAUUAUAAACAGAAGCCUAAUAUAUAUAUAGGUUCAUGUAUGAUAAAGAUAUUUCAGUGGUUUGUCACUUCAUAAAAGCUAUCUGAGAAUACAUAAGUUCUGGUUGUCGGUUGUAGCCGAUUGGUCUGAGAGGAGAACAAUAACACAUUAAAGCUACAUCACUCGCAUACCAACCGACUACAUGCCUUCCAAACGACGUGCACGUCACCAGUAUCGAGGAAGUUUUGUUUUCUUUUUUGUUUGUUUGUUUGUUUUUAUUUGUUUUUGUUCUUUUUUUAGGGUUUUUUUGUUUGUUUUAUUUUUUGGUCCAGGUUUCGUUUUCUGUGGAUAUUUGCCUUUAGAUUUUAAAGACUGUAACCUCAUAAGUACCCCAAGUUAUAUUACGCGUCGGCCGCAUUCAUCACAAGUGGCUCUUUUCCGCCUGCAAGUGACCUGGAGAAUGCUGGACCUUUGUGGCGUAGCUGAGAUACCAUACAACAGAAGCAACAUGGUUACAACAGCCAACAGUGUUGGCACCGGCUAUACAUUGGCAGUAACAAGCACUGAUGUUGUCAUGGGUGUACUCCCAGCAAAAGUACUUCUUGGCAUUUAUAUGCCUGCACUGUAUUAUACAGCGAAGUAAGCCUGGUGCUUGGGCGUGAACAUCUUUUUCAUAUUCUCCUUCUGCACGCAUGUGCUCCUGUGUUCCAUGCUUGUAUGGAAGUCCAUCUGCCGCUGCUCGACAGUUGUCCUUUCUCAACUCCGGAUAUCAGGGCAUUCCUGGUGGACUCAGCCUUCAUCAACAUUUCUCGGGCCAAUUCCUUGUCAUGCUCGUCAGUCCGUACAAGAGGUAGGCGGAACUUGAUAAAGGCGCUCUCGAUAGUUUUUCCGGACGGGUCAAUAUUUACCCCCAACGCCGUGCCAAUUUGGUUGUUUCUAAUCGAUGUAGCUUAUUGCAGAGUUGGAGCGGUCUUCUGCGCAUGCCCGAACGUGAUUAUCUAAUGUUGCGUACGGCAAAAAUGUGCACAUUAUUGCAUGUUCGCACGCAUUAAGUGUAUACUAUGUAUGAUAUACUGACUUAGAGUUUAGGGUUAGUAUUACCAUGGUUACAAAAUGUAUACAUUUAAAGUACUUUUAGUUCAAAUUGCUUCAAUCCGGCAUAUACUCGAGUCUGUAAUUUAUACCGGCGCUCCAACUCUGCAUUGAGUCACAGCCGUUUCUAAUCCCGUACCGUACUUAUACCGUUCAUCCGUAUUCGUAAACUAUAGGUUUUGUGCGGAGAAAGGCGGAAACUUACACCGUUCUAUGACAUCGAAAUACUUCAGAAACACGUUAAAAUCCGCUUAUUAAGAACUCUGCCGUUUAAUAAUAUGAUAUAUCUCUCAGUCAUUUGCUCAAACACUGAACGAGUUUCCGUGGCAUUUGUCGAGAAGCCUUUAACCUGUACUUUUCGAACUUAGUGGGAUGAUUGGCUAAAUGGAGUGGAUAACACCUUUUGCUUGUAAGAUCAAUAUGUUAAAGGUAAAGGAUGCGGCAGCCGAAAUGAUGAAAUGAUUUCUUCCUAUAGAAAUCCAGAAAAAAUCUUUCUACAAUCACACUUUCAGCAAGUUUAUUCCAAAUGUUUCUAAGGUGUGCGACCUUGGGCCAUUUGAUCCUCUUGUUAAAUAUCUCUGCCUUAAGCUGUGGAUAAAUACAGAAUACUGUCAAGAGAUUGGCUGAAUAUAUAUACCCUUGUUUGAAACAAAAUUGAUUACGUAUUUCGUACCAACCUGCGUUGUAUAAAUGCCCGCCACACCUCACCUCGUUGUAUUUUGAUUUAAGCGAAAUCUAAUAUGGUGACCUAUCAAUUUUCUUUUUGUUUUAGAUUAGGUAGCCAUAACCAAAGGUAUGUGCAGAGUUUGAUUUAAUUCUGUUAUGUGAAACUCGAUAAAAUAGCAGAAGUACCAACUUAAAAUUGACAAGAAUAUGCAAAAUUAGCUCUUGGGUGCCUAUCAAGUAUUCCUUUCUUUACAAAAUCAUUUGCUUUGAUUUAACUAAGCAUGCUUCAGAUAGAUAUACUGUUUUCCGUUAUAAAAAUGCACAGAUAUCAAAUUUAUGCUGGCUAUUGUAUUUUACUGAAAUAUAUUUAAGUAGUAUAGAAAUUUUGAAAAAUGUUAAAAAUAGCAUCAUAUCUAGGGGCAAAUAAAAUUGAAACAAAGCUGGUGACCAAGUAUUUUAUUCCAUUUUUCAAUAUAUCAUAUCAUGAUCUUUUAAUACAGAACAUUUCAUCAAAAUCUAUUCUUGGGAAAAAAAUACGAAACUGUAGCGAGCGUCUUUAAUAGCCGCUGUAAGUACGCGGUUGAGACAUCCAAUCAUGUCAAUCAGAUCAUGGUGGGGAACCUGAUCGAAAAGUUUCCAUUUUUCCAUCAGACCAUGAUAGGCCUCAACCGCCCACCUUAUCUUCGUCACUAAACGGGAUUGGUUUGCUUCCUGUAUGGUGUGCUGAGCCAUACCAGCUUUCAGGAAAGAUGGCAUCUUGGGUGCUAGACCAAGGUCUUCGAAGACGUCAAGAAAAUAUCGAUCGGUCUAGGAUACAGACAUCACCAUUACGAAACCAUUCUAUUAUGUCACUGUGAAGAAACAAAAUGUGUUUGGUGAUGCCAGCAUCAUUGUUCUUCCCGUCAGCAUGGUAUGGUCUAACAGAAUCAAGGACAUAUCCGUCUUUGAAGACAAUACUCAUGAACUUGAGCAGUGGUCUAUGUUUCUGCCCCGAGUAGGUCUUUCGCCCUAAAGAGUAGCUGCUGCUCUUUUCUAUGUAAUAAUAAUAUGUCCCAUAGCAAACAGAGAUGAUUUUUAUAAAUGAAAGACGCAUAUGCAGUCAUAUGCUCCUCGGCGGCUUCUCUGUUGAGAUGGGUUACCCCUAGAUAGUUCGGUACAAAGUACUUGUCCAGGUCUUUUGCCACAGCUUUGAAAGUUCUAGUGUCAACACUUUUCUUUUGGUUUUUAUUCUGCACUGAAAAAAUGUAAGUUACAGACAUUUAAAAUGAGUCCUAAUGUGUGUUGCAGCCAUUGGAAAUAUGUUAAUUUUAUUUAGAAUAAAGAAGAACAGCUAUUUAGUGUGUUGUAACCUAAAGAUAUCCAAUGCCCAUCUUUCUCUAACAUAUUGUUUAUUUAGAUAUUUACUUCUGAUGUAAAAUGUCAUUUCCAAAUGUAUUCAACUGCUCUAAAUAAAAUAUAUAAAUUUUUUUUGUAUGCAGAGCUACAUUCAUAAUUAAAUGUCAUUAAAUAAUAGCCGAUUGUUAAAAAUAGUUUUUCAAUAAAUAUAAUUAUAAAAGUAAGCACUAUUUUAAACUAAUGCAUAAUAUUGUUAAUGUACAUGAAUCUGUUAAUUUUUUGUUUGCAUGAUCUAUAUGAAGUAAUUGUUCAUAUUUGUUUUUGAUCUAGUACACCAUUUUAGAAAGAAAAAGAUAUUCUUUGAAAACAUUUAUAUUUUCUUUAUUUUUAUCUUAAUAGAAACGCACGCACACACGUACGCACGCACGUACACACACACAUGCCAACAUUGAAAGUUGAUAUCCCUUCUUAUUUUUACUUACUUUUUUUCUAUUUUAUAUAUUUACGUACAUUCAAACGAAAAACAUUGAUUGUAAACAAUGUUGAGUUGUACUUGAUUUUGUGUUUUAUGCGUUUUUCAAAUAUUACCCAUAUUACUGACUUUUGUCAUAUUUUAGUAUGUGAUAUCCUGGUAAUGUAUAUUGCUGUAACAUAACUAGUACAUGCAUUACCUUGGUAUAAAACAUAAAAACAACGGUGUAAAUACCAUACUAGUAUGGUAUCCCGACAUUUGUACUAGUAUAUUGUUAAAGCACUACUGUCUCUAUCGAAGUUAUUUACAAACAUAACGAAUGUGUUAAUAUACACUUUUUUCUUAAGUUUCUUUCUUUCUUCAAACUUCAUGUUUUUUUUUUCUCUAAUUAAAAUUUUUAGCCCCGACUAGUUCACCGGAUGGGACUAUAGGAAUGCCUUUCAUCCGUCUGUUCGUCUGUAAAUUUGGAUCUUGCAAUAACUCGAAAAGUAUUCAAGCUAGGUUCAUAAAACUUGGUGUGUGCAAAGAGAUUAAUAUGUAGAUAAUGCACGUAUAUGACUUAUGCUUGUAGGUCAUAGGUAAAGACCACAAUUGAAGGUCAAAUAAAAAUAGUUUCCGCUCCAUAACUUUUAUAUGCAUUGAUGGACUACAUUACUACAUAACUCCCAUGAUCAAACUAUUUGUCGCGCACAUAAUCCUUGGUUGUUGGUCAAAGCUCAAAGUCACUAUUGAAGAUCAAGUAAAAAUGUGUUUCCACUCCAUAACUUUUAUGUGCAUUGAUGGAUUAUAUUAAUACUGCACACAAAUGUUUCCCAUGAUGAAACAAUGUAUCAUUUACAUGUUAUAUGCUUGUAGGUUUAUGUCACUUUUGCAAUUUGAGUAAAAAUAGUUUUUGCCUCUUAGUCAUAAUACUGUUGUCACGAAACUGCAUAAAUACAUGCUUUAAUCAAAUGGACCUAUUGCGCGACAAGAACUUUGCUAAAAGUAUUUCAAAAUACGGAUUUGACUAGAACUAGAAGUAUACUAAGGAAUCUCAAUUUAAUUUUAUAAAAUGUCAGUUAUUUUCCUUUGCUAAUACAUGUUCCUUUAUCAAGCCUCGCUUCCUCAAUUCAUGUGUUGUUUAUCGACGUUAUUUGCUAUCUGCAUAGUUAUUUUGUAGUAAACUUAAACUGCAUAAGUUGUUCAGGUCAUAAACCGAAAACCUACACUUUCGAUUUACUUAAAUACAUUUAUAAGCAAACAAGAGUUUUCAUAGUGUCGAAUAAAACCACGAGCAAACGUAGUUGUGCAAACUCGGUAACCAGUGCUUAUUUGAACAGUUUCUUACAUACGAUAAACCAGGUGCAAAAUGUCAAAUGCCCACUAUAAUCGUUUUGAGUUUGCAAUUUAAAUAGCCAAAUCUGUAAUUUGAAAUAAAAUUGAAUAUAAAGGAAACAAACCCAGUUUGCAGUCAUUCUCUAAAAGAUAGUGUCAAUCUUCAAAAGAACAUUUUUCUAUAAUGCAAACAGUUCUGCUAUGCAAACCAUUACAAUUUUGUUCUCAUUUUUUCCGCUUGUGAAAAUACACUGAAUAUUGCUCAUGUAGGUUGCAGAAAUAAUAAAGUCUCCUUACUUCUU